UCUUCUGAUAACGCUGCUUCCCGUAGUGUGAUUCCACAGAUAGCUAAAUGGAAUACAACUGGAAAAUGCCCCUAUAUUCAUCCGUCUGAACCGUGCCCGACAUUUCCCCGUUGUCGUUUCGGGGCCACCUGUAUAUAUGUCCACCCUCCUUGUCGGUUCGAUUUGGCAUGUACAAGACCGGAUUGCGCGUUUAGUCACAGUGCGAAAAGAGUACUACCCAAACUAGGUUAG